AUGACGGCAGAGAACGAGUUUAUAGACGCAGAGGAGAACGUUUGGCUCCAGCGUGUAUUCGAGAGAAUCAUUACAAGUGUUUUCACCCGACAGAGAGGUAUGGCAUGUUUGCAAGGCCAAGUUCUGCUAUUUGCCAUCUUCGUUACAGCAACCAUUGUUGACAACGUGGCCCAAGAUCCUGUCAACCUGGCGCUGAAUAAGAUAGCAACAGCAAGCACAUUUGAAAACUCGCCUCAGCUGGCAGUUGACGGCAACCUAUCACCGUACCAUCGCGACGGCAGCUGCUUCUACACUCCAUUCGCAUCUGCCUUACAGUGGAUCAGUGUCGACUUAGGCGACUCCUACAUCAUCACCAGCGUCAACGUCACCAACAGGGGAGAUUGUUGUGGUGAGUAG